AGAGACGGUUACAAAUGAGCUCAGGGAGGGGGGGAGAGAGAGUAGUGGACGCUUCUCCUCUCAGCGGGAAGUCUGCACCGCUUCACAGCUUCCGAAUUGCCCCUUUCUCACCUAAUGAAGGCCGCUGAUAAGCCUGCAGACAAAGAGGCUGUGUAAUGGAGUGGGGGUGGCUUGGGGAGAGAAAGGAUUUGAAGUUAAAACACCUGGGCGGGCGAGCAGAGUUUGGACUACAGGAAGAUUUUACGCGCAAGACUUUUACGCACACAACUUUUACGCGCAUGUAAAUGUCUCUUUGCGUGUCCAGUGAGUGCUCAUUCCCGUCACCGUGAAGACUCUCCGGUGUGUGUGUGUGUAUGUGUGUGUGACCUGAGGCCCGGUGCUUUCCUCCACAGACGUGGAUAGAAAAUGGAGUGUGUGCCUUUAAGGCGCCCGACUGCCUGUCGCUUUCUGCUGCGGAGAGACUGACGCCCUCUGGACACAGUGGACACUUGAGCGGCGGCAGAACACCAUCCUGGAGAAGUUCAAAGAGAAAACAGCCUCUCUCCCCCUUAAAAAGAAACGUUUUGGAGUUGUUAACAGCGCUGUGGUGUUUCCAGUGCCGUGCUGGUGAGCCGUCAGGAUGAGGCCUGGUCAGCUGACCCUCCCCGCCGCCGCCGCCACCGCAGCUCUCCUCUUCCUCCUGUCAGGACUGUCUCUGACCUCCGGCUGCAACAAAGCCCUCUGUGCCAGCGACGUCAGCAAGUGUCUCAUCCAGGAGCUGUGCCAGUGUCGUCCAUCUGACGGGAACUGUUCGUGCUGUAAAGAGUGCAUGCUGUGUCUGGGGAACCUUUGGGAAGAGUGCUGCGACUGUGUGGGGAUGUGUAACCCCAAGAACUACAGCGACACUCCGGCCACGUCGAAGAGCACCGUGGAGGAGCUGCACCGCCCGAUCCCCUCGCUCUUCCGCGCCCUCACAGAAGGUGACGCGCCGAUCAACAUGAUGGUGGUUUCCUUCCCCGUCGCAGAGGAGCUCUCGCAUCACGAGAACCUGGUGUCCUUCCUGGAGUCGCUUGACACGCAGCAACAGAACGUCUCCGUGCCUGGAAACAGCAUCCACGCCAGCUAUGACACUCAAGAAAACAUGUGCACAGUGGUCUACUUUGACGACUGCGUGUCUAUCCGACAGUGUAAACUAUACUGUGAGUCAAUGGGAGGAUCCAAGUACCGCUGGUUUCACAACGCUUGCUGCCAGUGCAUCGGACCGGAGUGCGUGGACUACGGCAGCAAGGCUGUGAAGUGCAUGAACUGUCUCUUCUGAAGUGCGGGCACAUAUUGGUACCAAAUGUCUGGGCCAUACCAGAGGACUGAGGGCAGAGGAAACUAUGACUGUUAUGUGUUAGCAUUCCUCAGUUACCUUGUAAAAUACCCCCUACAACCCUCCUCCUACUCCUGCAAAUUGUUUUUAUUCUGCUGUUAUGUUUCACUGUAUAUUUUUAGAUAUGUUUUCAAUAGUGUUUUUUACUAGAGGUGUAUAUGAAUAAUGUAUUUUUACAAUUAUGGUCUGCUAAAUCCCAGUCUCAUGCCAAAUAAAGAAAAGUUUGGUGA